ACUCGGCUCCAUUUAUCACAGACCUCGCUCAGUGCUUUCACAGUUUCACUCACUGUUGUGUUCAGUAGGGUUUUUCUUUAUCCCCUUUUUCAUCACCAAAAUCAGAGAGAGAGAGAGAGAGAGUGAGAGACGCCGAUCAUGGACGCGCACGCCGUGCAUUUGGCCCUCGCGGCGCUUGUCGGAGCCUCCGUCGUCGCCGUGUCCGCCUACUACAUGCACCGGAAGACGCUCGCGCAGCUCCUUGAGUUCGCGCGUACGGUCGAGCGCGACGAUGGCGGCGGCGGCGGCUCCGAUGCCGAAUCGUCGCCGGCGCUUGCGAAGAAGCGUCGCGGCGGCGCGAGGAGGAGGGCCAACGGCGGGUACCGCCGCGGCUCGGCGUCUUUGCCGGACGUCACGGUGAUCUCCGGCGCGUUCGACGGGGAGGAGAAGCGGAACGGGCCGGUGCAUGUCGAAGGGAUUCCCGCGGGCUUGCCUCGGCUGCAAACGCUCCGUGAAGGAAAAUCUGCACAAUCUGGUUCCUUUAAGAGAAGUCUUUUAAGACCAACUUCUCCCAAGUCUCCUGUUGCAAGUGCUAGUGCCUUUGAAAGUGUAGAAGGAUCUGAUGAUGAAGAUAACAUCACUGACAAAGAUAAACUGGAUACUACGUAUCUGCACACAAAUGGAACUGUCGUGCCUGAAGGUAAAAUCCCAUAUGAGAAUUUGCCUAAUCAUGUUAAUGCCAACGGAGAGCCUCUGGUUGCUUCAAGUAUGAUCCGGUCACAUAGUGUUUCUGGUGAUCUGCAUGGUGUGCAGCCUGACCCAAUAGCUGCUGACAUUCUUAGGAAAGGUCCUGAGCAAGAGACUUUCACAAGAUUGAAAAUUACUCCUAUUGAGGCUCCGUCACCUGAUGAAGUUGAAGCUUAUGUGGUUCUUCAAGAAUGCCUUGAAAUGAGAAAAAGAUAUAUUUUUAGAGAAGCAGUUGCUCCAUGGGAUAAAGAAAUUAUAUCUGACCCCAGUACUCCUAAGCCUAACCCAGACCCAUUCUUAUACAUCCCUGAAGGAAAGUCUAACCAUUACUUUGAAAUGCAAGAUGGGGUUAUUCAUGUAUAUCCAGAUAAAGACACAAAAGAAGAACUUUUUCCUGUCGCGGAUGCUACUACAUUUUUCACUGAUCUUCAUCAUAUACUUCGAGUCAUAGCAGCUGGGAAUAUUAGAACUUUAUGCCAUCACAGGCUCAAUCUCCUAGAACAAAAAUUCAAUCUCCAUUUGAUGCUAAAUGCGGAUAGAGAAUUUCUUGCUCAGAAAAGUGCUCCACAUCGAGACUUCUAUAAUGUUAGAAAAGUUGAUACUCAUGUUCACCAUUCAGCAUGCAUGAAUCAGAAACAUCUUUUAAGGUUCAUCAAGUCAAAGCUGAGAAAAGAGCCUGAUGAGGUUGUAAUAUUUCGAGAUGGCACAUAUCUAACCUUGAAAGAGGUUUUCGAGAGUUUGGACUUAACUGGAUAUGAUCUAAAUGUUGACCUUUUGGAUGUUCACGCGGACAAGAGUACUUUUCAUCGCUUUGAUAAGUUCAAUCUUAAAUAUAAUCCUUGUGGUCAAAGUAGGCUCAGGGAGAUAUUUCUUAAGCAGGAUAAUCUCAUUCAAGGUCGUUUUCUUGGUGAGUUGACAAAGCAAGUGUUUUCGGAUCUUGCUGCCAGUAAAUAUCAGAUGGCUGAAUAUAGAAUAUCAAUAUAUGGUAGGAAGCAAAGUGAGUGGGACCAACUAGCCAGUUGGAUAGUUAAUAAUGAUUUGUACAGCGAGAAUGUUGUUUGGUUGAUUCAGCUUCCACGGUUGUACAAUGUGUACAAAGAAAUGGGAAUUGUGACAUCAUUCCAGAACAUGCUUGACAAUAUUUUUAUUCCACUUUUUGAGGUUACUGUCGACCCAGAUUCACAUCCUCAGCUUCAUGUUUUCUUGAAACAGGUUGUCGGGUUGGAUUUGGUGGAUGAUGAAAGCAAGCCUGAAAGGCGACCAACAAAACACAUGCCCACACCUGAUCAGUGGACUAAUGUAUUCAAUCCAGCAUUUUCAUACUAUGUCUAUUACUGUUAUGCAAAUCUUUACACCUUAAACAAGCUUCGUGAAUCAAAGGGGAUGACAACAAUCAAAUUCCGACCACAUUCUGGAGAGGCUGGUGAUAUUGACCACCUAGCAGCAACUUUUCUCACGGCUCACAAUAUUGCACAUGGAAUCAAUUUGAAAAAAUCUCCCGUGCUUCAAUAUUUAUAUUAUUUAGCUCAGAUUGGGCUGGCAAUGUCUCCUUUGAGUAAUAACUCCUUAUUCUUAGACUACCAUCGGAAUCCUUUUCCAAUGUUCUUCUUACGGGGCUUGAAUGUGUCACUUUCUACUGACGAUCCUCUCCAAAUUCACUUAACAAAGGAACCAUUGGUUGAAGAAUAUAGCAUAGCUGCUUCUGUAUGGAAGUUGAGCUCAUGUGAUUUAUGUGAGGUUGCCCGUAAUUCAGUUUAUCAAUCAGGUUUCUCACAUGCUUUAAAGUCACAUUGGAUUGGUAAGGAGUACUACAAGAGAGGGCCAAAUGGAAAUGACAUUCAGAGAACAAAUGUUCCUCACAUCCGGUUGGAAUUCCGUGAUACGAUUUGGAAAGAGGAAAUGCAACAGGUUUAUUUGGGCAAAGCCAUCAUUCCUGAAGAAGUAGACAAAUAAGAUGCCAGAGGCAUUCCUUUCAUGCAUGAAAAAUGGAGGUAGAAAGUGAAUUCGUCAAAACCAUCCAACAUCAGAGAUGUCCUAUGGUUGAAGACAUUACUGGUCUGAUGAUAUGAACCAUAUAUACAUACUAUAGAGAAUCAACAAGAUCGCUGAGCUUGAGCAUUGAGCAAGGUUUACAGCUACAAAUCGACAUAGCCCCAGAAUAGUUUUUUCUUGUAUUAUUUUGGGUUAGGGGUCACAAAAAUCGCAUGCUUCAAGCAAAAUGAUGCUUGUUGAUGUUAGAAAUGUAAGUUAUGAUCCUUUGAAGGGAGACAUUUUUCUCCUAAAAUUUUGAUUCCUAUUUAUCCAUAUAGUUGAAAGACGGUGGCCCUAUUACUCGUACCGUAAUGAUCUAUUAUGCUGAUGCCGUUGCAGAUCUACAAAGACUAUUGGCCUUAUUUUGUUUAAUAAAUAUUAACCUGUACUUUCUUUAUCUUCUA